UAGCUCCCGAGAUCCAUCACCUUCUUCUAUAAAACGCCACCGAACUGCGCAGCGCUCUCUCAGUCACCGCCACCGCCGGAGAAUCCAAAAUAGCCAAAAACAAAAAAAGCAAAAAAUGAAGGAGUUUUGGACGACGGCGGCGUCGAUGAUGGGAGUUUGGGCUUUCUGCCAGGGAAUCCUCCACGCCGUCUUCCCGCCGGAGCUCCGGGUGGCGGCGCUCCGCCUCCUCUACCGCCUCUCCGGCUACUUCUCCGCCUACUGCUACUACGACAUCACCGAAAUCGACGGCGUCAACACCAACGAGCUCUACAACGCCGUCCAAAUCUACCUGAGCUCCUCCGCCUCCAUCUCCGGCACGCGCCUGAGCCUCACGCGCGGCCUCAACUCCUCCGCCAUCACCUUCGGCCUCUCCAACAACGACCGCCUCGUCGACUCCUUCGGCGGCGCCGCCGUCGAGUGGGAACACGUCGUCACUCAGCGCCAAAACCAGACCUUCACAUGGCGGCCAUUGCCGGAGGAGAAGAGAGGCUUCACUCUCAGAAUUAAAAAAAAGCACAAAAACCUAAUCCUCAAUUCCUACCUCGAUUUCGUCUCCGACACGGCGGAGGAGCUCCGCCGGAAAAGCCAGGACCGCCUCCUCUUCACCAAUUCCAGAGGCGGAUCUCUAGACUCCAGAGGUCAUCCAUGGGAGUCCGUACCGUUCAAGCACCCAAGCACCUUCGAUACCCUCGCCAUGGAUCCGAUCACGAAAUCUGAAAUCAUCUCCGACCUCGAAGAUUUCGUCAAUGGCGAAUCGUUCUACCAGAAGACCGGCCGCGCCUGGAAGCGCGGCUACCUUCUGUACGGUCCGCCGGGGACCGGAAAAUCGAGCAUGAUCGCCGCCAUGGCCAAUUACCUCAGCUACGACAUUUACGAUCUGGAAUUGAGCGAGGUCAGUACAAAUUCCGAGCUCAGAAAGUUACUGAUGAAGACGACGUCCAAAUCGAUCAUCGUCAUCGAAGACAUCGACUGUUCGGUGAACUUAACCAAUCGGAGAAAAGCCGCCGGGAACCGCCGCAGCGCCGCCGAGCUCGCGGCGGAGGACGGCGGAAACGCGGUGACGCUUUCAGGACUGCUGAAUUUCACCGACGGACUGUGGUCGUGCUGCGGAAGCGAGAGGAUCUUCGUCUUCACGACGAAUCACAUCGAGAAGCUCGAUCCGGCGCUGCUCCGGAGCGGCCGGAUGGAUCUGCACAUUCAUAUGAGCUACUGUUCGUUCCCGGCGGUGAAGAUUUUGGCGAAGAAUUACCUUGGAUUGGAGGAAUCGGAGUUGCCGGAGGAGUUGCAGGCGGUGAUUGGUGCGGCGGAGAUGACGCCGGCGGACGUCGGCGAGGUACUGAUAAGGCACCGGAGGGAGAAGAGCGGGGCGGUGGCGGAACUGGUGAAGGAGAUGAAAUCGAGGGCUGAGAUUAAAAGAGUGAGAUCGACGGCUAGGAUUGGAUGCGGUGUAGAAGACGAGGAGCAGGAGAAAAGACCUCUGGAUUACCCCGGGAAUCCAUCGGAAGACGAAAAUUGCAAUAAUUUUGAAGAAAAAAAUGAUAAAUAAAUUUAUACAAUAAUAAUAGUAAUUAAUUUAUAUUAUACUCUCUUCAUUUAUUUUUUACUGUCUAAAGUAUAUUUGCACGGUAUUUUAGGUAAUUGUUUUAUAGUAUGAAUGGACAAAUUUAUCUUUUAUUAUAAAA